GCGGGGCCGGGCCGGGCCUACCGGUACCAGCACCAUGGAGUAUGAACGCAGGGGGGGCCGUGGGGACCGGACUGGACGCUAUGGAGGGGCCCCCGCCCCCCCUGAUGAAGGGUCCCGCACUCAGCGGGAUCACGACUAUCGCGACAUGGAUUAUCGUGGCUAUGGUGGCCCCCCCGAGGGGCCCCCUGCCCCUGGAACCCCCCCUCAGGCCUCCUACGAGGGCUCGGAUCACCCCCGGAAGCGGGACCCUGCCCCAGCCCCCCCAGUGUUGCCGUUUGGUGCCGAUAGCGACUACCGGGACCAGGACUACCGGCCGGAGGCGGCUGAGGAGGAGCCGCGGGCCAGCACCAUCGUCAUGCUCCGCAUGCUGCCCCAGGCUGCCACCGAGAAUGAUAUCCGGGCGCAGCUGCAGGCGCAGGGGGUGCAGCCUCGUGAAGUGCGACUGAUGCGCAACAAGUCAUCAGGUCAGAGCCGUGGCUUCGCCUUUGUGGAGUUUAACCACGUCCAGGACGCAGCGCGGUGGAUGGACGCCAACCAGCAAGGGCUGAGCUUGCUGGGGCAGCGCGUCUCCCUCCACUACAGCGACCCCAAGCCCAAGAUCAAUGAGGACUGGCUCUGUGCCAAGUGUGGGGUGCAGAACUUCAAGCGGCGGGAAAAAUGCUUCAAGUGUGGUGUCCCCAAAGCUGAAGCCGAGCAGCGAGGUCCUGGGGGGCCACGGCCGGAGCUGGUGCCAGGUGGGGGGGGGCUGCUACCCCUCCCUCAACCCUAUGGCCCUACCCUGGGGGGGACCCCUGGUGGAACCCAAGGUGGGACUGAGCCUGGAGCUGAUAACGCCAAUGACACCAUCAUCCUGCGGAACCUGCACCCCCAGAGCAGCCUGGAGUCCAUCCUGGCCGCCCUCGCCCCCUUCGCCGCCCUCUCGGCCGCCAAUGUCCGCGUCAUCAAGGACAGACAGACCCAGCUCAACCGGGGCUUUGCCUUCGUCCAGCUCGCCACCAUCGUGGAGGCCUCCCAGCUGCUGCAGAUGCUGCAGGCCCUGCACCCCCCGCUCCACAUUGACGGCAAGAGCAUCAACGUGGAGUUUGCCAAAGGCUCCAAGCGGGAGGGGCAGGGGGCAGGGCCAGGGGAGGGCCCACCCCGCGCCAGCGCCGCCUCCGUGGCCUCUACUGCCAUUGCCGCUGCCCAAUGGGCACUCUCCCAGGCUGCCCCGGGGGGAGAGACCACGUGGGCGGGGGGGGAGGAGCCCUCCAGCGACUUCACCAGCUUCUACCAGUCCGAGGAGAGCUUCACCGGCCCUGCCCCCCCUGCUCUCUAUGGCUCCGCCUACCUCAAGGGCUCUGCGGCCCCGCCCACCGGGCCCACCCUCGCUGGCCCCACCCCUGCCAAGGCUGAUGGCCCCACCCCGGGCACGGAGGAGCCGGCAGUGCUGGGGCUGGACCCCACAGCGGGGGCUGGGGGCACCUUCCCCCGGGCCCCCCCCGGCGCCCCCGCUUACCCCUCCCCUGCUGCCGAGAACCCUGCUGCGACCCCCCCGGGAGCCCCCACUCAGACCUACACGGGGCCCCACAAGGCUGAGACCCCCAACCCAGCCCCCACCGGGCCCCCCCCUGCCGCCCCCCCCAGCUCCGAGCCCUAUGGCCAGUACCCGGUGCCAGAUGUUUCGACCUACCAGUACGACGAGACCUCAGGCUAUUACUACGACCCCCCUACUGGGCUCUACUACGACCCCCACUCCCAGUACUACUACGACGCGGGGGCAGGGCAGUACCUGUACUGGGAUGGGGAGCGCCGCACCUACGUGGCAGCCCCCACUGCUGAGCCCCCCCCCGGACCCCCCGGCACCCCCGGGCCCCCCAAGGAACCCAAGGACAAGAAGGAGAAACACAAGACGAAGACUGCUCAGCAGAUUGCCAAGGACAUGGAGCGGUGGGCGCGCAGCCUGAACAAGCAGCGGGAGAGCGGGCGCAGCGCUGGACCCCCCCCCACCCCCCGGGAGGACGAGCGGCGAGAGGCUGCUGCUGCCGACGCCGGCUAUGCCAUCCUGGAGAAGAAGGGCGCCCUGGCCGAGCGGCAGCACACACCCAUGGAGCUGCCCAAGCUGGCGAGCGACGAGCGGCUGAGCCCCCCCCGCGGGCUGGUGGCCGCUUACAGCGGGGAGAGCGAGAGCGAAGAGGAGGGGGAGCGGGCCCCGAGCGCCCCCGGCGAGCCCCUCACCGACUGGCACAAGCUGGCCUGCCUGCUCUGCCGCCGCCAGUUCCCCAGCAAGGAGGCCCUGCUCCGCCACCAGCAGCUCUCCGGGCUGCACAAGCAAAACCUGGAGCUGCAGCGCCGGAGCCACCCGCCUCCCCCUGAGGGGCUGGACCGGGGCGAGAUGGAGAUGAAGUACCGGGACCGGGCAGCCGAGCGCCGUGAGAAACAGGGGGGUGCGUGUGGGGGACGCCAGAGGUGCUGGGGGCGGUGGUGGGGGCCAUGGGGGGGGCCCGGGCAGGGGCCCUGGUCCAGGGGGUCCUGGGGGGCAGUCAGCGCCUGCGGUGUGCAGCGGAUUGGGGAGGAGUACAGAGCGCUGCGGUGGCCACUGGUGGCUGGGGACCCCAUGGGGGAGGGGGCUCAGAUGGAGCUGGUCACUCUCAGCCCUCGGCACCGUGGCUGGGUGGAUGCCUGUGCCCGCCUCUUCGGGGGUGUUGACAUCUGCGGGGUGGAGGUGCUGCAGGCGCCCGACGGGCGGGAGCACAUCUUGCAGGUGCUGGGUUCCUGGAUGCCAUUGGUGGGUCCAGGGGCAGCUGAGGAUCGGGGGCGGAUUGUGGAGCUGGUGCUGGCACGAAUGAGGGCGGAGCUGCCCCGCCCACGGAGCCCCUCCCAUGCACGGCCACACCCACAGAUGUCGGUGACAUUGGGGUCCUCCCGGCCAGGAACCCCCCCACAGCAGCGAACCCCACCCCAGGGUGCUCCGCCGCCAUCUGGCCCUUCCCAGCCCCGCCCCCCCGCCGCAGGGGCAAGCCCCCGCCCACCGGGAGGAGGGGCUCCAACACGCCCUGUCUCACCUGGCCCCACCCCAACUCGAGGCACCACCCAGCCCCGCCUGCCAGGCCAACAGCCCCGCCCCCCAGAUUCCACCCCCCUCUACUCAGCCCCACCCACAAACUCCAUCCACUUUUCUGCAGCCCCCGCCCACAGACCACACCCACCACUGCCCAGGCCCCGCCCGACAACCCCACCAAGCACCCAGCCCCGCCCUCAGGGUCCACCCACCUCUCCCCAGCCCCGCCCUCAGGGUCCGCCCACCUCUCCCCAGCCCCGCCCUCAGGGUCCGCCCACCUCUCCCCAGCCCCGCCCUCAGGGUCCGCCCACCUCUCCCCAGCCCCGCCCUCAGGGUCCACCCACCUCUCCCCAGCCCCGCCCUCAGGGUCCGCCCACCUCUCCCCAGCCCCGCCCUCAGGGUCCGCCCACCUCUCCCCAGCCCCGCCCUCAGGGCCCGCCCAGAUCACCCUCAGUGCCCCAGCCCCGCCCCCAGUCACCUCAGCCCCGCCCCCAAACCCCACCCAGUGCCACUCAGCCCCGCCCCCCAGGCCAACAGGCCCCACCCACCACACGUCAACCCCGCCCCCAAGCCCCGCCCCUUGCCCCCAAACCCACCCUGGCACCCAAACCGAGCGGAGCCCAGCCCCCCAGCCCCGCCCCCGAGCAGGGGGGCCCUGAGAGCAUCCGCUCCCUGCGGCAGAGCUUCGCCAGCCUCUUCGCUGACUGAGGGGGGGCCUGGGCGUCCCCCCACAUCGGGGGAAACCCUGGCAUCCAGGCCCCACAGCCGCACCCAGGGGGACCAGGCGUCUGGCACCCCUGAGUGGGGGGAACCCUGGUUUAUGGGCCCUCCAUGUGCAACCCCCCCCCGCCCUCUGCAUACCUGCAAGCCGUGCCCCACCCCCCCCCACCCCCCCCCCCGGAAUUGGAGGGGGUGUUCAGUAUGUGCUAGUGACUCUGUGUGUAAGCCCCGCCCCCAUGAAGCCCCGCCCCUUAUUAACCCCUCCCCCUGAAGGGAUGGGCAAAUAAAGACCCAGAGC